UAGCCUGGAGCUCCAGCUGGAGGACAGAAAUCACUCCCCCCUCCAGAGCCAAGAAGACACCGGAGAGAGGUUGGAUUUAAACCCGCCCUCCGGAUGGAUCUCGUUUCCCCAAAAACCUCCCAUUUCUCUCUCUCUCUCUCCUUGCCUCUCUCUCUAUCUGUGUCCCCUCUCUUCCUUUACCUUUAUCCCUCGCAUUUGGCCGUCUCCCCCCACCGCAAUCAUGGAUCUCACGGCGAGAUGUUUGCUUCUCCUACCCUUCCUCGGCGUGAUAUUGGCCAUCGAUUUGGAGGCGAUCGAUCCGGGCUACUUCGUGGAAUCCACUGCCACAUCAGAUGUGCUCGACUAUAAAGAUCCCUGCAAAGCUGUUGCCUUUCUGGGAGACAUAGCGCUGGAUGAGGAGGACCUACGAUCAUUUAAAGUGGAUAGAAUAAUAGAUUUAGCCACCAGAACAGUCCAGACUGUUAAUCAAACAAAUACAGGGUCAACCAAUCAAAAUAGCCAAAACAGACAAGGCUCCCGGCGUAGAAAACGAGCCGCCACAUCUAGACCGGAGCGUGUUUGGCCUGAAGGUGUUAUUCCAUAUGUCAUCAGCGGUAAUUUUAGUGGCAGCCAGCGAGCUAUAUUCCGCCAAGCCAUGCGGCACUGGGAGAAGCACACCUGUGUGACCUUUAUUGAGAGGACACAGGAGGAGAGCUACAUUGUCUUCACCUACCGACCAUGUGGGUGCUGUUCUUAUGUGGGUCGGCGUGGAGGAGGCCCCCAAGCUAUAUCUAUUGGCAAGAACUGUGACAAGUUUGGAAUCGUAGUGCACGAGUUGGGUCAUGUGAUUGGGUUCUGGCACGAACACACACGGCCUGAUCGAGAUGAACAUGUCAGCAUUAUCAGAGACAACAUUCAACCAGGACAGGAGUACAACUUUUUGAAAAUGGAGCCAGGAGAAGUGGAUUCUUUGGGAGAAGUCUAUGAUUUUGACAGUAUCAUGCACUACGCCAGGAAUACAUUCUCCAGGGGCAUCUUCCUGGACACCAUCCUGCCACGCUAUGAUGUGAAUGGUGUGCGACCGCCCAUUGGCCAGAGAACCAGACUUAGCAAAGGGGAUAUCGCACAGGCACGGAAACUCUACAAAUGCUCAAGAUGUGGGGACAGUCUGCAGGAUAGCAGUGGGAACUUUUCCUCCCCUGGUUUCCCGAAUGGAUACUCGGCCUACAUGCACUGCAUCUGGAGAAUAUCCGUCACACCAGGAGAAAAGAUCAUUCUGAACUUCACCUCCAUGGAUCUGUAUCGGAGUCACCUGUGCUGGUAUGACCAUGUGGAAAUCAGGGAUGGAUACUGGAGGAAGGCGCCACUCAAAGGCCGAUUUUGUGGCGAUAAACUGCCGGAGCCAAUCAUCUCCACCGACAGCCGGCUUUGGAUUGAGUUUCGCAGCAGCAGCAACUGGGUUGGAAAAGGUUUCUCUGCCGUUUAUGAAGCCAUCUGUGGUGGCGAAGUAAAGAAGGACAGUGGCCAAAUCCAAUCUCCCAACUACCCUGAUGACUACAGGCCCAACAAAGCAUGUGUAUGGAAGGUUACAGUAGCUCAGGGCUACCACGUAGGCCUCACCUUCCAGUCCUUUGAAAUUGAGAGACAUGACAGUUGCGCAUACGACUACCUGGAGGUGCGUGAUGGCAACUCUGAGAACAGCCCUCUGCUGGGGCGCUUCUGUGGCUACGACAAACCAGAUGACAUCAAAACCAGCUCCAACCAGCUGUGGAUGAAAUUUGUUUCAGAUGGCUCCGUCAACAAAGCCGGAUUUGCAGCCAACUUCUUCAAAGAGAUGGAUGAGUGCUCCAAGCCGGACAACGGUCGCUGUGAGCAACGCUGUGUCAACACGCUAGGCAGCUACAAGUGUGCCUGUGACCCCGGCUAUGAGCUGGCUGCUGACAAGCGCAGCUGUGAGGCUGCUUGCGGAGGCUUCAUCACCAAGUUGAACGGGUCCAUCACCAGUCCAGGUUGGCCUAGAGAGUACCCACCUAACAAGAACUGCAUCUGGCAGCUGGUUGCCCCCACACAGUACCGCAUCACUCUGCUCUUUGAUGUCUUCGAGACUGAGGGCAAUGACGUGUGUAAGUAUGACUACGUGGAGGUGCGCAGUGGACUGUCCGCAGAUUCAAGACUACACGGGAAGUUCUGUGGCGCCGAAAAACCCGAAGCAAUCACCUCCCAGUAUAACAACAUGCGCAUUGAGUUCAAAUCGGAUAACACCGUGUCCAAAAAGGGCUUCAAAGCACAGUUCUUCUCAGACAAAGAUGAGUGCUCCAAGGAGAACGGCGGCUGUCAACAUGAAUGUGUCAACACCUUUGGAAGCUACAGCUGUCAGUGCCGGAGUGGCUUUGUGCUGCACGAGAACAAGCAUGACUGCAAAGAGGCUGGCUGUGAUCACACAGUGACCAGUGUGAGCGGCACCAUCACUAGUCCCAACUGGCCAGAUAAAUAUCCCAGCAAGAAGGCAUGCACCUGGGCCCUGACAACCACGCCUGGUCACCGCAUCAAAAUAGCGUUUAAUGAGAUUGACAUGGAGGCUCAUCUGGAGUGUGCUUACGAUCACAUCGAAAUCUACGACGGCAAAGAUGGAAAAGCUCAAACUCUCGGCCGCUUCUGCGGUACUAAGAAGCCGCCGCCCAUCACAUCUAGCGGGAAUAAGCUCUUCAUCCGUUUUUUCUCUGACAACUCCGUGCAGAAGAAAGGCUUUGAGGCAUCCCACUCUGCAGAGUGCGGAGGACGCCUAAAGGCUGAGGUCAAGACCAAAGACCUCUUCUCCCAUGCCCAGUUUGGGGACAAUAACUACCCCGGAGCCUCGGACUGUCAGUGGGUGAUCUCUGCUGAGAAAGGCUAUGGCGUGGAGCUCAUCUUCCAGACCUUUGAGAUCGAGGAGGAAGCAGACUGCGGCUAUGACUACAUGGAGCUCUUUGACGGCUCUGACACCAAGUCUCCACGCCUGGGACGUUACUGUGGCUCAGGGCCUCCAGAGGAGAUCUACUCUGCCGGUGACUCCAUUGUGAUCAAGUUCCGCUCGGAUGACACCAUCAACAAGAAGGGAUUCCACGUGCGCUACACCAGCACCAAGUUCCAGGACACGCUGCACUCACGCAAGUGACGAGUGGGGGCCGCAAGGGGCCGUGCGGGGCAAAGGGGCACCCGGAGGGGCACCAAGGGGAGGCUCCAGCCUAAUGCUCGGAAACCUUCGGCCACCAACACAAGUCAGACACGACAGAACAGCCGCAAGACCACCACCACCAACCGCACCUCAGCUCCUAGGGGCUCUAGCUCCCCCCGCAGACUGUGAGGAGUAAAGCCAUUCUGCAGUACACCUUGUUUUUACCUUUUUAUGGUUAGGGUUGGGGUGGGAGGGUGAAGGUCCACCUUUGGCGGACAGCAGGGGGAAAUAUAUUGACAGAGCCCCCUCCAGAUAAUUCUUUAGUUUUUUUUAUGUUUUUUAAAAUGUGCCAGCUAAAGAAUGGCACAACAAGGAAACCAGUGGAUUCUCAGGACCUGUAGGAAGGCAGGCAUCAGCUGGAUAGAUCCCUGCUUUUGUCGGGCCAGCCCUUCACAUCCACCGUCAGCAGGAAGAGGAGGAGUGUGCGUACGCUCCUCCACGAUCACUCAGCCCUCCUCAUCGUCCCUUUCGGUUCAAGGAUCGCAAGGACUUUACUUGAGAUUUUGACCCUGUCAGUCAGUUGCAUGUAAUUCCAAGGAGAGAAGUGUACAAUGACAACACCAGCAUUUGUAUUUGGCAACCAGUGGCAAGAUCCUCAUUGUUACCAUUAACAAAGGAAAAUAAGGAAGCAGUUAUCUUAUUAAAGGACUAAUCAAUGAAAUGUGGUCCAGUGGUCUUCUGGUUGGUAAUUGCUUGCUGGAUGUACCUCCAUGUGUAAAGUCAUGUGUAUGUGUGAUCUUUCAAAGGGAACAUGUGCUUUUCUCAGCUCGAACCAGUUAGCACUUUACAGUGAAUUGUUCCAAAAUCAUGAGCUUAUAUGAAUUUUUGUGAAAUGCAAUGCCAGUUCACUUAUUUUUAAAUGCAUUUUAUCUCUCUUAUUCUAAAUGUUUUUUGUUAGUUUUAUUUUUUUUUUCUUCCAAUUUUGCUCCAUUUAGUUCCUCAGGCAUACUUGAACAUUGUGUGUGCCCUGUAACAUGGGGUAAUAAAGAUAUGACUUAUGUGUCCGUGUUUUACACCUCUGAUGUAAUAUCAUUUCACUCCAAUGGAAAGAAAAAUGCCUUUUUUUUCUUGGUACAAUGAAGUAUUUCUCAAGAACCAAAUGAGCCUGCCUAUUUAUUGUCUGAGUAGUAAAAUAAAUAAUGUAAAGGUAUAAAGACUAGCCCUAUAAUGCCUUCUUAUGUAUAGCCUAUUG